AAAGUAGGCUGAGCUUGUCUACUUGUGCGAAGUUUCAUUCCGCACUGUAGGAGCAUAGAAUUACGAAUCAUUAAUCAUGACUAGAUAUUCACUUGAAAAACCAGACCUUGCUUCAACUUCCCGUUCCUCGAAGAACAGGAACAUAAAACCGGCCUAUGAGGUAUGGCAGGGCUUGGAACGCAAGGAUUGUGACUCCUCAAAAGUGUCAAGGAGUAGGGGAGAACGUUCUGGAUCUGUUCAACGCAGAGCCCCAAUCAGAAGUGAUCAUCAGCAACGUAAGCGAAACGGGUCAUCGGACACAAAUGGCAAGAAUCACAAACGGCUAAGGGAUACAGAUGAGUCUCAGUCUAUUUCGGCCUGGAAGUACAAUGAGUUGAUCCAGGACAACCUGACAAUGGCCCUGGUAGACGAGUUCCACCCAGACGGCUGCUUGCUCUUCGAAAAUUGGUGUCAGAUCGAGGCGAAGCUGGCGCGCAUAGUGGCGGAUAGACGGGCGGCGGUGCCGCUAGGACCCCACCCGUUGCUUGACUCCUCCCUUGUUAUCCGGGGCCACCGGGUGAUCAGGUGCGAGGACGGCUUCUCCAAGAUCUUCCUAGAGGAUUGCAUUAAGCAAUUAGCCGAUGCAUGGGAUGGCCUACGCAUCAAGCUUGUCCACGCCAGCGAAAUACCCAGUCCAAGUCAAGCGGUCCCGGGGGUGGUUCAGGAUCAGGGAGUUAAGGAUUUGGAACCACCAGGCGGACAGCAUGCGGAAAACGCUAAGGCUAUCACACAAAAUAAGUUAGCUCCUCAGGCGCAAUUUAAUGGGGUCCAGCAGACAGAGGUGAACUCAUUCGGCUGGAUAAUACCUCGAGGUGCUCAAUUCUCCUACGCUGCGGUCUUAAAAAUUAAGAACGGAUUUCUGAAGAAGUCGAAAGGUCAGAACGUUCAGUUUGUGGUGAAUGACGGGGGGAAAUCUUGGAGGGUGACCGUCGGAAAAGACUUUCGUGUACGCAUUACUCAGGACAUACCCGUGCAAACUGAGGUAGCGGGAGGUAAAGUGGCCGAUGCUUCCGCCGUGCGGGAGACUGCAGAGAAAACGCUGCAGACGGAGGACCUUAACCAGAAGGAAAAUGUGGAGCAGGCGGAUAAGAUGGAUCCGAGCGCUUGGGUGUUACCCCAAGGAGCUGAGCUGUCCAACAAAGGGAUUCUGCUCAUCCAGAAGCAUUUGCAAAAACCGACGAGCAAAGGUCGAUUCUUGUUUAGGGAUGGCAACAAAACGUGGAAAAUCUUGCACUACGAUAAUCAAUCAGUUCGAAUCGUUCCACACAGUAAAAAAGUACAAAAUGCGAAAGACAUCAACAAAAAAUAUCAUAAAAAAGGACAGAGGAUGUAGGAUGAACAUAAGAUCACAUUUAGCUCUUAUAUAAUGUCGAAGUCGUUUUGUUCAUCAAGUACGUAAGAGCUAUUCCUGUUUGUACAAAAGAAAAUGCAUUUUAUGAAAUCAAUAAACAAUUGAAGAAACGAA